AGAGAGGGGGGGAAACAGCCCUUUCCUGUCCUGCCCCUCCUCCUUAUCUCCCCCCUUGGGCAAAGGGGUCUUUGUCUUGGGAUGCCUGAGUCUCAACAUCUUCUUUACAUCGUGGUGACCAGAAUUGGAUGCAGAUCCUUUACUGCUUUGAGAAUGAGCGACAUUUUGGUUUGUUAUAGCUUCAGACCCUGUUUCCCUUAGCAAGGGAAGAGGUUGCCUCCUUGCUCCUGAUGGGAGCUACCCCGGAACAAUUGAAAAAUGGAGCAAAACCUGACUGGUCCAGAAGCAAAAAGGAACUCUGCUGUUCUCCAUGCUGGGAACCAGGUGGCGCUCGGGGCUGCUAAGAAGAUGCCAGGGGAGUUCAAUCACACCGUGGAUGCUCGAUGCCUCCACUUCCGGCAGUUCCACUACCAGCAGGUCUGGGGACCCCGAGAAGUAUGCAAUCAUCUCCGUGAUCUUUGUUUCCUGUGGCUCAAGCCAGAGCGGCAUACAAAGAAUGAGAUCCUAGAUCUGGUGAUCCUGGAACAGUUCCUGGCUGUCCUGCCCACCGAGAUGGAGAACUGGGUUAGAGAAUGUGGGCCGGAGUCCAGUUCUCAAGCGGUGGCCCUGGCUGAAGGAUUCCUGCUGAGUAAGGCCGAAGAAAAGACUCAGGAAGAGCAGCAGGAAGAGGGACAUUGUGCAAAGGUGGCCAGCGAGGUGGGCAAAGCCUCUUCGAGCAUCAGACCCGGAACAUUUUUCAAGUGGAUUGUGGAGGAGGAGGAGCCCGAGCAGAUCGGUUCCCAGCAGGAUGAAGGAAUGACACCAAUGGUACAGUCGUGGUUGCACUCAUGUGGAAGUGGAAUAGAAACAGUUCUUGAAGAACCACUUCAGGAUCUGGUGACUUUUGAGGAUGUGGCAAUCUACUUCACUGAUGAGGAGUGGGCACUGCUGGAUCUAGACCAACGAGCUCUCCAUGUGGAAGUGAUGGAGGAGAACUGUGGAAAUUUGGCUUUUCUGGCUGGGAACAGCUGGGAGGCCAAAAUGGAGGGAGAAAUCCAUGGGCUGGUUUUUGAGAAAGCUGCGGAUAAGAAAGAGGAGAAGCAGCGCCAGAAGAUGGAAGAGCAAGAAAAAAGGAUGCCUCCAUCCCCUGUUUUUCGGGAUAUUGUGGUCCGUGAAUUCCCAGCCCUAGAAACCGCAUGUCAGGGGGGGAAAAGCAGCGAGUGCCUGGCAUGCGGGGAAAGCUUCAGCUGCAUGUUGAGCCUCGACACUCAUUUGAAAACUCACAAAGAGAAGAAACCCUUUAAAUGUUCUGUCUGUGGGAAAAGUUUCUCGCAAAGGAAAGGCCUCAUUAGGCACGAGAGGAUUCACACGGGGGAGAAGCCCUACACCUGCCUAGAAUGUAGGAAGAGCUUCUGUCAGAGCACGGCGCUUAUCACCCACCAGCGCAUUCACACUGGGGAGAAGCCGUACACUUGCCUGGAGUGUGGAAAGAGCUUCUGCCAGAAGACCACGCUCGUCCGCCACCAGCGCAUCCACACGGGCGAGAAGCCCUACACCUGCGGGGAAUGCGGGAAAAGUUUCAGCCAUCGCUCGCAACUGACGUCCCAUCGGAGAGUCCACACGGGGGAGAAACCGUACAAAUGUUCGGAAUGCGGGAAGAGUUUCAGCCAGAACACCAACUUGACGUUGCACCAACGAACUCACACCGGGGAGAAACCCUUUCAGUGCCUGGAGUGUGGAAGGAGCUUUAGCCACAGCUCGACUCUAAUGGCCCAUCAGAGAACGCACACGGGAGAGAAGCCGUUCACCUGCCUGGAUUGCGGGCAGAGUUUUGCCCAAAACGCCAGCCUUAUUUUCCAUCAAAGAACCCACACGGGGGAAAAACCGUACAUGUGUCCGGAAUGCGGUAAAAGUUUCAGCACCAGCACGAGCCUGACGUCUCAUCGCCGGAUUCACACGGGCGAGAAACCCUAUACUUGUGCCGUGUGCGGGAAGAGCUUCUGUACGAGCACGAAUCUUGUCACCCAUCAAAGGAUCCACACGGGGGAAAAGCCCUUCAAAUGCUCCGAGUGUGGGGAAAACUUCCGUAAGAAAGCCCAUCUCCUGCGCCACCACCUCACGCACACCGGGGAGAAGCCGUACAAAUGCGUGGAGUGCGGGAAGGCCUUUAACUGGACGGGCUCCGACCUCAACCGUCACCGGCGGAUUCACACGCAGGAGAAACUGUACAAGUGUGAGAUUUGUGGCAAGGGUUUCUUCCAAAAAUGGGAUCUCCUCAUUCACCACCGAAGCCACACCGGCGAGAGACCCUACAAAUGCCUGUAUUGCGGGAAACAGUUCAGCUGUAGCUCUGACCGCAUCCGGCACCAGAGGAUCCACACGGGAGAGAAGCCCCACGUCUGCCUGGACUGCGGGAAAAAGUUCAUUCAGAAGUUCCACCUCAGCAGACACCGCAGAAUUCAUCUGAGAAAGACAUCCUACAAGCAGGCAGAAGACAGGCAGAAACCGUACAAAUGCUCGGAGUGUGGAAAGGCCUUCAUAACGAAGACGAAUCUUAUCACACACAAAACAACUCACAUAGCUGACAACCUGCAUAAAUGCUUGGAGUGCAGAAAGUGUUUCACCCAAAGUGCACAACUGAGUAGGCAUCAAAAGACUCACACGGGAGAAAAACCGUACAAAUGCCCCGAAUGUGGGAAAAGCUUCAUUUGGAAGACAAAUUUAGAGAGACACCGGAGGACCCACACAGGUGAGAAGCCCUUUAAAUGCGUGGAAUGCGGGAAAAGGUUUGUUGAGAGUUCGGCCCUGAUUACCCACCAAAUUACUCACAUGGAGGAGAAACCGUACAAAUGUUUGGAAUGUGGGAAGUGCUUCGCUUCAAAUACACACCUGAGUGUGCAUCAGAGAAUGCAUACAGGGGAGAAACCAUACAUGUGUUUAGAGUGCGGAAAGAGCUUCAGUGAGAGCAGUAAUCUCGCUUCCCAUCGGAGGACACAUAGUGGAGAGAAACUCUCCAAAUGUUUGGAAUGUGGAAAGGGUUUCAAUUCAAAGAGACACCUCAGUGUCCAUCAAAGAACUCAUACAGGCGAGAAACCCUAUAAAUGUUCAAAAUGCGGAAAGAGUUUCAGCGUGAGCGGUAAUCUCGCUUCCCACCAGAGAAUUCACACCGGUGAGAAACCCUACAAAUGCCUGGAGUGCGGAAAACGUUUUACUCGCAGUUCUGAUCUUAUCAAACAUCAAAAAAUUCACACGGGAGAGAAGCCGUAUAAAUGCCCCCAGUGUGAAAAGUGUUUCGCUUGCAGUUCGGACCUGCUGAAGCACAAAAAAAUUCACAGCGGCGAGAAGCCUCAUAAAUGCUCUGAGUGCGGGAUAGGCUUUGCUCGCAGCUCUGACCUGAUCAAACACAAAAAAAUACACACGGGAGAGAAGCCCCAUAAGUGUUUGGAAUGUGGAAAGGCCUUCAUCACAAGGACCAAACUGAGUUUGCACAAGCGAAACCACACAGGGGAGAGGCCGUUUCCAUGCCUGGAAUGCGGCAAGUGUUUUAUUCAAGUAGCCCAACUAAACCGGCAUCAAAAAACUCACACCAGAGAGAGGCCGUACAAGUGUUUGGAAUGCGGCCAAAGCUUCACGCAGAGUUCUUCUCUUACUACCCAUCAGAUCACUCACACUGGAGAGAAACCAUACAAAUGCUCAGCUUGUGAAAAAUGCUUCAGUUCAAGCACCCACUUACGGAGGCACGAAAGGACGCACACGGGAGAAAAGCCACAUCAGUGCUCAGAAUGUGGAAAGUGCUACAGCGAGCGUGCUGAACUAAGCCGACAUCAGAGAUCUCACAGUGGGAAAAAGCCGUAUCAGUGUCUGGAAUGUGGGAAAAGCUUUACUCAGAGUUCUUCACUUAUUACCCAUCAGAUCACUCACACGGGAGAGAAACCCUACAAGUGUCUGGAAUGCGCUAAGUGUUUCAGUUCAAACACACACUUGCGCAGACACCAACGAACGCAUACAGGGGAAAGACCCUAUAAAUGCACAGAAUGUGGAAAGUGCUUCACUUCCAAUGCACAUCUGUGUCGCCAUGAGAGAACCCACACGAGGGAGAGACCGUACAAAUGCCUGAAGUGCGGGAAAAGUUUCAAUGUGAGUAGCAAUCUCACUUCUCACCAGAGGAUUCACACCGGCGAGAGGCGCUACAAAUGUUCGGAGUGCGGGAAGUGCUUUCUUCGCAGCUCUCACCUGAUCAUACACGAAAGGAUUCACCGGGGAGAGAAGCCGUAUAAAUGCUCGGAGUGCGGAAAGUGCUUCAUCACGAAGAUCAACCUGAGCACCCAUGAAAAAAAUCACACGGGGGAGAAAUUGUACAAAUGCCUCGAGUGUGGGAAGUGUUUCAAUUGGAACGCGCACCUCAGUACCCACCGGAGAACUCACACAGGCGAGAGACCUUACACGUGCUCGGUGUGCGGAAAAAGUUUCAGUGUGAGCAGCUCCCUGGUGACCCAUUGUAGGAUUCACACCGGGGAGAAGCCGUACAAAUGUUUGGAAUGUGCCAAGUGCUUCAGUUCUAACACACACCUUCGCCGGCAUGAAAGAACUCACAUAAAAGAGAGGGCCAGUGCAUGCUGAGAAGUGGGGUAAGAGGAUUAGGGAUAAUGUUCAGGAAUCACUAAAUUCCUACCAGGAACAUAGAAAAGGCUCGACUUGGCUCCGAGUCUCUUUCAAAUUAAGCUCGAAGCUACGGUUUUCCCAGGAGUGAUGCAUGGCGGUGAGAGUUGGAGCAUAAGGAAGGCUGAGUGCCGAAGAAUUGACUCUUUCGAAUUGGGGCAUUGGAGAAGACUCUUGGACUGCAAGGAGGUCAAAUCAGUCUAUCCUAAAAGAAAUCAACCCUGACUGUUCUUUGGAACGACAGAUAUUGAAGCUGAAGCUCAAAUACUUUGGCCACUAAAUGAGAAGAGACGAGUUAUAAAUAAGAAGAGAGAAAGAGUGCAAAAGUGAUGUUAAAAAAGACUGAAGGCAAAAGGAGAAGAGUACAGCAGAGGAAAGAAACUGAAGAACAUAAGAGUUCAGUGCUAUAAAAUUUUAGCAGAUUAUGAAUAAAAUAGAAUAACGGAAGGGACCUUGAAGGUCUUCUAGUCUAACCCCCUGCUCAGGCAGGAAACCCUAUACUAUUUCAGACAAAUGGUUUUCCAAUCUCUGCUUAAA